AGAUCAUCCUCGCACAUAUAUAUAUAUAUAUAUCAUACAUACAUACAUAGACGUGAUGGUCACGAAAGGAACGUACUUGGUCAUAGAUCUACUGGAUCAGGGCUGAGCAGGGUAAGGGACCAAUAACGACACCAAACAAUAGCAGCAACAGCAGCAGCGGCAGUAGCAACAACACCGCAAAGAUGUUACGAUGGACAGAUAUUUAAACUAUGAUACCAAAAUUUGCUGUCUUUCCCCAUCGCAACUGCCUCCGCCGCCCGUACAUAUAAUCCCCAUCACCACCACCACUACUAUCACCACCACCACCAUUGCCAUCACCUCCUCCACUACCAAGUAAUAAAGAAGGAAAAUAAAGAAGAAAAAAGUAAAAAAAAAUUUUUUAGUAUGUUAUCAGAAGAGAAAUGACAUAUGACAGACAACGACAAAUGACAAACGACAGACGACAAACAAAACAAAGCAGAAAAGAGAGUGGAUACCUUUUACAAACUUCAAACAGAGGCCACCAUGCUGUGUUCAUCCUUCAUAUUCUGGAUAGUUCUCUCUAUUCUACAUACCCAAGCAUUUGGAGAAGAAGACUGUGAAUGGACUAACAGCACCACUUCGGGGUACAAAUAUAUUCAAUUUCCAGCCCAACCGAAUACAAAUUAUAAAAACAAUCAGACAUGCAGUUGGCAGAUCUUUUCGGGAGGCAAAGAUUUAGCAAUUGAAAUUGAAUGGACUCGAAUAGAUAUUGCCUUGUCUGAUGGAUGCAGUGAAGAUUAUGUGCAAGUAUAUAACGGUUUAAAUCGAGAAAACGGAGAACUGGUUGAUCACCGCUGUGGUCAGAGUGUUCGAAUACGAAACAUAGUCGGCCGUUAUGCAUUCAUAUACUUUCACUCCAAUCACGAAAACACUGGUAAAGGGUUCGAGUUUCGUUAUAGGGUUGUGAAACGAGAUCCAGAUCCUAAAAUGAAGCAUAUCUCAUUGACAGCACACCCAUACCAAUGGCAAGAAUUCACUUCACCAUACUACCCCAAACCCUAUUAUGGCAGUGAUACAGACAGGCAUUGGUUGAUUAGUGCCGACGAUCCACGAGAAGUGGUACAUAUAAAGUUCCUUGAUUUUGACAUUGAGGAAACACCAAACUGUACAGCAGAUUCCAUUCGUAUAUAUGAUGGUCAAAAUGAGAAUAGUUCUCUUAUUGGAAUAUAUUGCGGUCAAGACUUCCCGGAAGUGAAGAGUUCAGGAAGAAAAAUAUAUGUUUCCUUCUAUGCUGACGAUAAAGGGGAUAAUGUGGGUUUUAAGGCACAGUAUUUAUCUGCAAAAGUAGGUUCGGAAUGUUCUGGUUUGACAGUUCUAAAAGCGAUUCGCAAUAAAAAGAAUUAUUUAAUAUCACCAGAUUAUCCCCAUUUUUAUAGCAGCAACCUCUCUUGUUCCUGGUUAAUCACAUCAACUACCGUUAACCGACCAAUAUAUCUGGAUGUUGUUGAUUCAGACAUUGAGUAUUCUCAAAGCUGCAUGAAGGAUUAUGUAGAAAUAUAUCUGGGCCCGUCACGGAGUUCUCCAAUUUUCAGUCGAUGGUGUGGAGGAACAAGACGGAAGUUCUAUACACAUAGCCCCAAUUUGUUUAUUCAUUUUCACACGGAUGGCUAUUUCACAGGCAGAGGUUUUCAGUUGUCUUAUUAUCUUAUACAAGCUGAUACUGUCUGCGAGAAACCGAUUUAUAUAACAGUUCUGGAGAACAUAUGGCACACUCUUACUUCCCCUUAUUAUCCAAUGGUCUAUGAAGGGAACGUAACUUGCACGUGGAUAAUCGAAGCUCAAAAUCCUGUUCAUUUUGUGGAGUUACAAGUAGACGACUCGGAAAUUGAAGAAUCUGUUGAAUGUGUUUAUGAUUCUCUGAGCAUCUAUGAUGGUAAUGAAUCGAAUUCUUCUUUAAUAAAACAUUGGUGUGGAACAGAGAAGCCAAACAUCCUAAGCAGUCAAUCAGUAAUUCGGAUUGAAUUCCAUACAGAUGUUUCCUAUGAAUACAGAGGGUUUAAAUUCAGACUUAGAUCAGUUGACCCACGAAGCAUAUGCGGUCCAAUCAGCUUGGUUGCUGUAAAGAGUGAAGUCAAAUAUCUUACAUCUCCGACCAUCACAACACCUCACUACAGAGCUAUGUCAUGCUACUGGUUGAUUGGAACUCUAAGUAAGGAUCACAUAAUUAAGGUUUCAAUUAUUGUAUCAUCAUUCAACUCGGCUGAAGGUUGUGAGAACUCAUACCUCAAAGCAUAUGACGGUUCGAGCGACCAGUCACAUUUGAUUGGACACACCUGUGGAAACAGUACACCCACCUACAUAUCAACUGGGAACCAGAUGCUGUUGACACUGAAAUCAACCAAUGUAAUCAACGGAUUCUUUCUGUCAUUUACAGCUUUAACAAAAUCCUAUGAAUGCACCAACGUUUUGUUAGAAAGUAAAAGAGAAAAAUCUUACUUUGCAUCUCCAGAUUUCUCAGCAUCUUUGAAAAGUACUAACUCAUGUUCGUGGAUAGUAUAUACCCAAGUACCCGGAGAUAAGGUGCGACUUGAACUCGUAUUCACUGACAUUAUGAGUGAUGACAACUGCAAAGAUACCUACGUGGAUGUGUAUGAUGGACCAAACGAUCACGGAUUGUUACUGAAGAAAUUCUGUGGUAGGGAAACUCCUUCCUUGAAAUCUACUGGCAGCCAUCUUUUCGUUCGACUCACUGGUCACAUUAAACAUGCAACUCGCUUCACUGCCGUUCAUUAUUCUGAACCGAAAGAAAAUAACUGCCCUGCUCUGAAGCUUUUUCAUGCCAAAAGGACAACCCAAUUCUUCAAUGUAACACCAUUCAGUUUUCCGGAUGAUGGCAGGACUUGUAAAUGGUUUAUUUCAAACGGGGGAGGAAACGACACCAUUCUGCUGCAGUUUCUUUUUACGGAUAUGGGAGAAGAAAAUGAAGACUGCCAAUCAAAGUAUAUCGCUGUAUAUGAAGGUUCGCCAAACUCAAGAACACUUCUGAAAAAGUUUUGCAAUGAUGAAAAUCCGAUAUUCCAAACUGAAACGAAAUCAUUCCAUGUGAUGUUCUACUCCGCGCACCCUAUAGUGGAUGUAUCAUUCGUAGCAAAGUACGAACUUCUCUCACCGACUCUUGAGUUAUAUAAUGAUUCAUAUAUGGUGGCUGAUGAUGAGAAACAGUAUUUUACAUCACCAGAUUUUUUCAACCAAACUGACAUUCCAAUGAAUAUUCAAUGGAUUGUUAUGGCAAAGGAAAUGAAUGACGUUAUCGUUCUUGAGCUUGCUUACUCUGGAAUGCCCCAGUCUUACAAUUGCAGAGAAGCAGCCCUUCGGGUCUAUGAUAAUGUAUCAGAUAUUGAAACAGAUAAUAUGAUUGGUCAAUUUUGUGGACCGAAAACUGUUAGUAUAGUUUCUUCUACUAACAGAAUGCUGAUUUGGUACUCGGCGAACUGGUCAGCUCACAGUCGGGGUUUUAUGGCGGUGUAUUACUCAAAACAAAAAGGUACUAAAAUUCCUCAGCAGUCUCUGGAUCGAACUCCAAUCAUUUGCAUCAUUCUCAUUGUGGCUGUGAUCAUAUGUAUUAUUUAUGUAUUUAACUGGUAUUGGCAGUGUUGUCGACACAACAAGAUAAACAGAUUACACACUUGGAGGACCUCUCGAAAAAACUACCACAAAUUCGACAACGAUAAUAUUGAAGAGUGAUAUUCAAAACACAAAAAUAUCAUUUAAAAAAUAAACAAGAAGAAAGCAAACAGCAGCAUAAGUAAUUACAUGUACAGAUCUAUAAUUUUCACAAUACAAUACAAAACAAAAAUAAAGGAUUAUAUAUAUGUGUACAAAGCUGAUUAACUGAAAUUUUCUGACGAAAAUAUUUUUGGUGUUGUUCCGAAUAGACAAAAUACAAUUUUUGAGAGAGAAGGGUAAAACGCAAAUGAGUUAAUUAAAUGUAUUACUGGUAAUACAGUUCUGUAUUUUUGAGAUGAGAAACUCUGUACAUUAUUUACAUUAUUUACAUUAGACGGAAACGUGUCCUUAUCUUGUUUAUUGUUACCACAACGUUUCGGCUGAUUUACUCUCUAGCCUUCAUCAGGUGUCGUAGUAGGAUUUUGAACACUGGAUUGGGUUCAAAAUCCUACUAGGACACCUGAUGAAGGCUGCAGAGUAAAUCAGUUGCAACGUUGUGGUAACAACAGACAGGAUGAGGACACAUGUCGAUCUAAUGUAAAUAAUGUAUUACUGGUGUGUGAAAUGAAAGAAAGUAUCUGAAGAGCGAAAGAAAGUUUCCACUCCCGCGAAAAUUGCACACAAGGGACGAAACUAUAAAUAUUGAAAGACAAUAGAUUAACAAUUCUGUCUUAUUCUUUGAUUCAUUGUUCUUUCCCAAAACUGGUUUUAGACUGAAAUAUUAACAAACAGUAGAAAAGUUUGAGUUCUACUAACUCUAUA